AUGUUCAGAGCAGCAGUGGCACGUGCCGCCUCCAGGCGUCUCAGGGUCUCUACUCGUGUCAACCUCUCUCCUGCUAUCUUAUCGCACUCAUCACUUGCUCACGGCCUUCCCCAGAGCCUCCCCCAAGGCCUCGCUCCCAGCGCUCGCGGGCUUGCUACCGCCAACACCUCGAGCGCCAACUACCAGCAAGUCUACAAUCCGCUGAAAGAGGGUCCUACCUAUGCUGAGCUUGACACUUUUGCUCGCCGCCACUUUGGGCCUUCGCCUGAAGACGUCAGUCACAUGCUCAAGUCGUUGGGGUACAAGGACAUGGACGAGUUUUUGACGGCGCUGAUUCCUCCCCAUGUGCUUGUCAAGAGGCCCUUGAAAGUGCUGCCGCAGCAAGGGUACACGGAGCAGCAGAUGCUCGCGCACUUGGGCGAAAUGGCUGCGAAAAACAGAAUCGCAAAGUCCUUCAUUGGCAAAGGGUACCAUGGAACCAUUGUUCCGCCUGUGAUUCAGCGUAACUUGUUGGAGCUGCCCGAGUGGUACACUUCGUACACUCCGUACCAGCCCGAGAUCUCUCAGGGCCGCUUGGAGUCGUUGCUCAACUACCAGACCAUGGUGAGCUCCUUGACCGGGUUGCACAUUGCCAACGCUUCCUUGUUGGACGAGGGCACCGCUGCCGCAGAGGCUAUGGCCAUGUCGUUUGUGAAUCUGCGUUCCAAAAAGAAGAAGUACGUUGUGGAUGCCAAGUUGCACCCUCAGACCUUGGACGUGAUUGAAUCUCGCGCAGGCAACAUCGGCGUCGAGGUUGUGGUGCUUCCCUUGACCACUGAGGAGGGAGUAGCUCAACUUGAGCAGAUUGCCGCCGACGUCUGCGGUGCCUUGGUUCAAUACCCUGCCACCGACGGUUCUCUUCACAACUUCACCAAGAUUGGCGACAUUAUCCAUAAAAACAAGGGCCUUUUUGCCAUGGCCACUGACUUGCUUGCAUUGACUGUGUUGAAGCCUCCAGCAGACUUUGGCGCCGAUAUCGCCUUGGGCACCUCCCAGAGAUUUGGUGUUCCAUUUGGCUACGGUGGGCCCCACGCCGCUUUCUUUGCAACCACUGAAAAAUUCUCUAGAAAAGUGCCAGGCAGAAUCGUCGGUGUGUCCAAGGACAGAUUGAACAAGCCAGCCUUGAGAUUGGCGUUGCAGACUCGUGAGCAGCAUAUUAAAAGAGAAAAGGCCACCUCCAACAUCUGCACCGCCCAGGCUCUUUUGGCCAACAUGGCCGCCAUGUACGCUGUGUAUCACGGUCCAGCUGGCCUUAAAAACAUUGCCUCUCGUGUCUACGGCUACACUACUGUCCUUGCUGAUGCGAUUGCCAACAACUCUCCUCACAAGCUUCUCAACGAUACUUGGUUUGACACCUUGUCUGUCGAGUUGAACGGUGUUGGUGCUGAUGAGCUUUUGAAGAUCGCUUUAGACAAAUAUAACAUCAACUUGUUUAAGGUGAACGACUCAACCGUGUCCUGUGCCUUGGACGAGACCGUCACCCAAGCCGACUUGGAAGGAUUGGUGGAGCUUUUCACUGGUACUGCUGCUCAUUUGCCUGAAGAGUUGCCAAAGAUCCCUGCAGAGCUUUUGAGAAGCGACGAGAUCUUGCCCAACGAGGUGUUCAACAAACACCACUCUGAGACCGCCAUGUUGCGUUACUUGCACUUGUUGCAGUCCAAGGACUUGUCGUUGGCCAACUCCAUGAUCCCAUUGGGUUCAUGUACCAUGAAGUUAAAUGCUACCGUUGAGAUGCAAACUUUAUCGAUGCCAGGCUUUGCAUUGAUUCACCCAUUUGCCCCAGCAGACCAGGCUGAGGGUUACAAGGAAUUGAUCUCCGAGUUUGAGCACGACUUGAACGAUAUUACUGGUUUUGCUGCCACCACCAUGAUGCCCAACUCUGGUGCUCAAGGUGAAUACACAGGUCUCUCUUUGAUCCGUCAAUACCACAAAGCCAAUGGCGAGUACGAAAAGCGUAACAUCUGCUUGAUCCCAGUGUCUGCCCACGGAACCAACCCUGCAAGUGCUGCCAUGUGUGGCCUUAAAGUGGUUCCAGUCAAGUGCUUGGACAACGGUUCCAUUGACCUUUCUGAUUUAAAAGACAAGGCAGAAAAGCACAAGGAGAAUUUGUGCUCCAUCAUGAUCACAUACCCAUCCACUUACGGUUUGUUUGAGCCUGGCGUGAGAGAUGCCAUUGACACUGUUCACUCCCACGGCGGGUUGGUUUACCUUGACGGUGCCAACAUGAACGCCCAGGUCGGCCUUACUUCGCCAGGUGACUUGGGUGCUGAUGUUUGCCAUUUGAACAUCCACAAGACUUUCGCCUUGUCUCACGGCGGUGGUGGUCCCGGCCAGGGCCCUGUGUGCGUUGCCGAGAGACUUGUGCCAUACUUGCCAAAACACCAUUUCGUGCAAACGCCCCACGCUACCGCUGAAUCAAUCCAGGCCGUCAACUCUGCUCCCUUCGGCUCCGCCGCGGUGAUUCCAGUGUCUUACUCAUACAUAAAGAUGCUUGGUUCCAAGGGCUUGCCUUAUGCUUCUGCCCUUGCCAUGCUCAACGCCAACUACAUGCUUCACAGGUUGAAGGAUGCCUACCAGGUGUUGUUUGUGGACCCAACAGCCUCCAAGGAACAAGGCAUCAAGCACUGCGCUCACGAGUUCAUCAUUGACUUGCGUGAGUUCAAGUCUGUGGGCAUCGAGGCCAUCGAUGUGGCCAAGCGUUUGCAGGACUACGGCUUCCACGCCCCCACCAUGUCGUUCCCUGUUGCCGGAACGUUGAUGAUUGAGCCCACCGAGUCUGAGAACUUGGAGGAGCUCGACAGGUUUGUCGAGUCGAUGUUGUCGAUCAGAAAGGAGAUCGACGCCUACGCAAACGGCGAAUCUUUGGGCCAGGUGUUGAAGAAUGCUCCACACUCCCUCGCUGACGUUGUUUCCACGCCCCAGGAGGAGUGGGACAACCGUGGAUACACGAGAGAGCAGGCUGCCUACCCCUUGCCUUUCUUGAAGACGCAGAAGUGUUGGCCUACGGUUGCACGUUUGGACGACGCUUUUGGCGACAUGAACUUGCUUUGCACUUGUCCAUCGGUGGAGGAAGUUGCCAACAACUAA